CUUAUUACACAACAAUUGGACCUUUCUCCAUCCUUUCCAGUUCCCAAAAUUCCAGACUAGGCUAGAACUUUGAAAAAAUCCCAAAAGAAACCUCCCUAUAUAAACAUGAAGCCUUGAAAACUUUGUGAUCAUACUGCCUGCAUCUAUUAUCUUACCAGCAAAUAAACAGCUUUAACUUAGCUUCUUCAGCCUUGAAACAUACCAAAAACGCAGCAACCCGAGACAGAAAAGAAGGAAAGAGAGAGAAAGGAGCAAGCAACCCAGAAACCCGGAAAGGCUCGAGAGGGUUAAAGGAAGAAGGAACCAUGUGUUUCGUGUUUGUGUGUGGUGAAGAUGAGACGGUGCUUUCAAGGCAACCAGCACCAGGGGCAUGCCCCUACUGUAGAGGAAUGGUGCAAGCCAUGGAUGUUGAGAGCCGGUGGACGUUCUGCUUCCUGCCUCUCUACUGGAAGACCAAGCGCAAGUUAUACUGCACCGUGUGCACUAGGCGCUUGGUAGUGCAGUGAUAUAAACCCAAAUCAUAAAUACAGAGAUUGCAAUUUGUGCUCGUGUAUAUAUAUAGCAGUAUAUAUGUAAUAUGACUUUUUGUUAUUACUGCGAAACAAAAUGACAGGCUCUAUUUACAUGUGUGCAUCA